CAUAUGCCGAAAUUUAUCAACGUUUUAAACAUCUGAAUACGUUUCAUGUUUUAAACACCCUGCCCUUGGAGGAAUAAGCCGCCGAGGCCAACCACCAUGAGCUACGUGACGCCGAAGAAGGAGACGCGCGGGGGCGCCAAGGACAAGCGCAAGCACAAGCCGUCGGGCGCAACGCCCGUGCCCGAGAAGAAGAAGCCCGGCUCGCGCACGGUCAACAUUUCGGACACGCUCACGAUCGAGUUCACCGACCCAGACGAUGACGACGACGAUGGGUCGCCCAUUGUCAAGCCGACCAAGGCGUCGGCCUCCACAUCCACCGCAGCCGCCAUCGUCGAUGCGCCGCUGCCGCGCAGCAACCGCAAGAAUCGGCGUGACAUGCGGCGCUUGAGCGACAAGAUGGAAACGGUCAAGGUCGACCCGACGGCGACGCCAUCUGCCACCCCCAGCAAGGCAGCACAGCCGAUCGUGCUCGAGGCCAAGCCGGACGCGCCGUCGUCCAAAGCAUCGGCGCUGCCACCGACGCAGGUGCUCAAGAUAUUGACCGAGGUGUUUGCCGAGGUCGAGCGCGACGACCGCGCCAUGUACAAGGUCAACCCGGACGUCAUUCGCGAAGAAACGUCCCAGUGCGCCAAGUCGAGCCUCGUCGAGAAGACGAGCGCCGCCGACCUCAAGCGCCUCCUCACGUACGGCGAGGUGCUCCCGGACGCGUUCACGGACACGAUCAUGCCCUUCUUGGCCCUCGAACCGUCGGAUGUCUUUUACGACUUGGGCUGCGGCACGGGCAAGAUCGUCGUGCAAGUUGCACUCGAGACGGGCCUCCGCGACGCGCGGGGCAUCGAGCUCAUGCUCAACCGCGUCGUCGAGGGCCAGCGCGCGCUGGACCGGCUCCGCGCCACGUACCCCGAGCACGUGAGCGACAAAGCGCUCUCGAUCGUGCAGGGCGACAUCUGUCACCCGGUGACGCAGCUCGCCAUGAUGGACGCCACCGUCGUCUUCAUCAACAACGUGCUCUUCCCGCCCGAAGUCAUGAGCGCGGUCUGCGACCUCCUCCUCCAGCUCAAGCACCUCAAGCGCAUUGUCACGAUGAAGAAGAUCUGCGAGCGCCACCGCGAAGCGCGCUGCAUGCGGGACGGGAACGCGUGCACGCUCUUCGCAGACCCGCCGGUGCAAGCCAAGGUGUCGGUGUCGUGGGCCAAGCACGCGUUCGCGUACCUCUACACGGUGCGCUGACAAAUAUGUAUUUAUAAGGGAUAUGGCAAUGUAUGGAAGUCAAAGGAGAAGCGGCGAUCAGACGGCCGUCGUGGCCUGCGCGGCUGCUUUCGAGCAAA